UUUGGGAAAAGCUCGGAGACAGGGAAGGAAGACGAAGACGAAGACGAAGACGAUGGUACACAGUGCUUUCGAUUCCUUCGAGCUCCUCAAUGGUUGCCCUACUAAGAUAGACGCCAUUGAAUCCUACGGUUCCAAACUACUCCUUGGCUGCUCCGAUGGAUCUCUCCGGAUCUACGGCCCAGAAUCCUCCGUCUCCGACCGAUCUCUGCCCUCUGUCCAAACCCCAGAGCUCCGAAAGGAACCCUACGUCCUCGAACGAACUGUAAAUGGCUUCUCAAAGAGGCCAAUGGUUUCAAUGGAGGUUUUGGGGUCGAGAGAGCUUCUUCUUUCGCUCUCUGAAUCGAUCGCGUUCCAUCGUCUUCCAAAUUUGGAGACCAUUGCUGUGAUUACCAAGGCCAAAGGCGCGAACGUUUAUUCAUGGGACGAUCGGAGAGGUUUCUUGUGCUUCGCGAGGCAAAAGAGGGUCUCUAUUUUCAGACACGAUGGAGGACGGGGAUUUGUGGAGGUGAAGGAAUUUGGAGUUCCCGAUACGGUCAAGUCAAUGUCUUGGUGUGGUGAGAAUAUAUGUCUGGGGAUUAGAAGGGAGUAUGUGAUACUAAAUUCCACAAACGGUGCAUUGUCCGAUGUAUUUCCUUCUGGAAGGAUUGCCCCACCAUUGGUGGUGUCUCUUCCAUCUGGAGAACUUCUUUUGGGGAAGGAUAACAUUGGAGUUUUUGUGGACCAAAAUGGGAAGCUUCUUCAAGAAGGCAGGAUUUGUUGGUCUGAGGCCCCUACCACUGUUUUCAUUCAGAAGCCAUAUACUGUAGGCCUCUUACCAAGAUAUGUUGAGAUACGGUCUCUCCGAGUUCCUUAUCCAUUAAUACAGACUGUUGUUCUCCGUAAUGUUCGGCAUCUUCUACAAACCAACUAUGCCAUGAUUGUUGCAUUAGACAACUCUAUUUAUGGGCUGUUUCCCGUUCCUCUUGGUGCCCAGAUAGUACAGUUAACUGCAUCUGGAAAUUUUGAGGAAGCUUUGGCUCUGUGUAAGCUGCUCCCACCCGAGGAUUCAAGCCUUCGAGCUGCAAAGGAGCAGUCAAUUCAUAUAAGAUAUGCACACUAUCUAUUUGAGAAUGGGAGCUAUGAGGAGGCUAUGGAACAGUUUUUGGCAUCUCAAGUAGAAAUCACAUAUGUGCUUUCUUUAUAUCCAUCUAUUGUCCUUCCGAAAUCAGUUGUGGUACCUGAACCGGAGAAGUAUAUGGACAUCACCGGAGAUACUCCGCACCUGUCAAGAGGUUCGUCGGGUAUAUCAGAUGAUAUGGAAUCCCCACCUGCUUCACAGCUGUUGGAAUCCGAUGAGAGUGCUGCACUUGAGUCCAAGAAAAUGAGCCAUAACACGCUAAUGGCUCUCAUCAAGUUUUUGCAGAAGAAGAGAUACAGCAUAAUUGAAAAAGCCACCGCUGAGGGAACUGAGGAAGUUGUUUCAGAUGCUGUUGGGGAUAAUUAUGUAUCGUAUGAUUCCAGUCGGUUUAAGAAAUCAACCAAGGGCCGAGUUAACAUUUCCAUUAGCUCAGGUGCUAGAGAGAUGGCAGCAAUACUGGACACAGCACUACUCCAAGCUCUGCUUCUAACUGGACAGUCUUCAGCUGCUGUGGAACUACUGAAAGGUGUUAACUAUUGUGAUGUAAAAAUAUGCGAAGAGUUUCUGCAGAAAAGGAAUCAAUAUGUUGGCUUGCUAGAACUCUACAAAUGCAAUGCAAUGCACAGGGAAGCUCUCAAGCUUUUGCACCAAUUAGUAGAGUCAUCGAAAUCAGACCAGCCACAAGCAGAGCUCAUCCAAAAGUUUAAGCCCGAGAUGAUUAUUGACUAUCUCAAGCCUCUCUGUGGGACUGACCCUAUGCUUGUGCUGGAGUUCUCAAUGCUCGUUCUUGAAUGCUGUCCAACACAAACAAUUGAGCUCUUUUUGUCUGGAAAUAUUCCGGCAGAUUUGGUGAAUUCUUACUUGAAACAGCAUGCUCCAAAUAUGCAGGCCACGUAUUUAGAACUUAUGCUUGCGAUGAAUGAAAAUGGAAUCUCUAGAAAUUUGCAGAAUGAAAUGGUGCAAAUCUAUCUCUCCGAAGUGCUUGAUUGGUAUGCAGACCUAAAUUCUCAACAGAAAUGGGAUGAGAAAGUUUAUUCCCCAACCAGGAAGAAGUUAUUGUCUGCUUUGGAAAGUAUCUCAGGGUAUAACCCGGAGACUCUGUUAAAGCGACUUCCAACAGAUGCUUUGUAUGAAGAGCGUGCAAUUUUAUUGGGAAAAAUGACCCAACAUGAGCUUGCCUUAUCAAUAUAUGUUCAUAAGCUUCAUGUACCUGAACUGGCACUGUCCUACUGUGAUCGCGUUUACGAGCCUUCACUUCAUCAACCCUCUGCAAAAUCUUAUAGCAACAUCUACCUCACUCUUCUGCAAAUAUAUUUGAAUCCUCAAAAGACAACAAAAAACUUUGAAAAGCGAAUCACUAAUCUGGUUUCAACUCCAAGUUCUGGUCUUCCAAGGAUUGGUGCAGUGGUUUUAGCCAAAACCAAAGCAAGUCGUUUAUCUCGGAAAAUUGCAGAAAUAGAGGGUGCAGAAGAUGUCCGAAUCAGUCCCAGCAGUACUGACAGUGGGAGGAGUGAUGGUGAUGCAGAUGAUCUCAAUGAGGAAGCAGGUUCUACGAUUAUGUUGGAUGAGGUACUUGAUCUGUUGAGCCGACGAUGGGACAGAAUCAAUGGAGCUCAGGCACUCAAACUAUUACCAAGGGAUACUAAGUUACAGAACUUGCUUCCAUUCCUUGGACCCCUACUGAGAAAAUCCAGUGAAGCAUACCGGAACUUUUCUGUUAUCAAGAGUUUGAGAGAGAGCGAGAACCUGCAGGUCAAAGACGAACUUUAUAACCAAAGGAAAACAGUGGUGAAGAUUACUAGCGAUAGUAUGUGCUCCCUUUGCAACAAGAAGAUAGGGACUAGUGUUUUUGCAGUCUACCCCAAUGGUACGACUCUUGUGCACUUCGUUUGCUUUAGAGAUUCACAGAGCAUGAAGGCUGUUGCUAAAGGCGCACCGCGGCGUAAGCGAUGAUGAUAAUUGCCAUUCACCAUAUGGAUGAACAAAAUCUACUCUCUCCUAUUUGGCAUUACAACCCUUUCAUGCAUGACGUGGAGUUGCCAAAAGGGGUUUUAAGAGGAGGUGGUCUUAGUCUUCUGAUGGGGCCAGUUAGCUGUCUCAAUCAUUCUUAUACCCUAUAUUUGGAUGAAAAUGUUUAGGAACACAAACCGAUCACAGAAUAGGAAACCACUCUCUCACAUGUGGUGAGUCCCACAACCAUGAGAAAGGUUGUUUCCAAUUUGGGAUUAGUUUCUGUGGUAAGUAGAAGAUCUGUAUUUGGAUUCAAUUUCACACUUUUUGUUGGGAGUCUGCAAGUGAAUUGAUGGACUUGGGACGAGCAGGUGACUUUGAGUUACUCUGAAGAAGGUAGGAGUUUGUUUGGUAGAUUGUUAUUGAGUGUGAAGUUUUGAUAUGCUGGAAAGGUCCUUGGUUUGGAUGGAAGUGAUAGUUUGUUGUAAAGAAUUUGAUUGUAUGUUGACUAUAACAAAACAAAACCCAAAAAAAAAAAAAAAAUUUGUUCAGUUUAUAUCUUUAUUUAAGCAUGAUGUUUUCCACUAGUGUCUGGUGGUUUUAAUUUGUAACUAACUAGAAAAGGAUGUUAUCUCAGUAUUUAUUGAUGUCGGUAAUGAAAGACCUCAUUAUCAU